AUGUUAGCUUUGUUAAUAGGAAUUAUAUUAAAUGUAAUUACAAUAUAUUUAAGAUUAGAAUAUAUCUUGGAUGAAAAAGAUUAUGUUUACAUAAUUUUUGGAUCUAAAAUAUUUUCACAAAUUCAAAUAUCAUUUAUUGAAUGGGCAUUGUUAUUUAUUAGUAUAAUCAAUUCAAUAUAUAUUCCUACAAAAACUAAAAAGUAUCAACUAUUUGAUCAUGAUUUAAAUUCACAACCUCAAAGUAUGAAUGUAGUUAUUGAAGAGUUGAAUUUAGAACAACCAGAAUGGUCAACUAAAUUUCCUGGAAGCAUUUUGUUAAUUUUUAAGAGUAAAGUUGAAGCAGAUAAUACUGAAUUUGUUUGGGUAUUAAGACAAUGGGAUCCACCAAUUUUCUCUUUAGAUUUAUUCUGUUAUUUUUCUCCGCCUCAAGUCAUCUGUUUACAAAUGUGUGAUAAAGAUAAUUGGGGAUACCUUAUUCCAACAGCUUUAUUUAUCAUAACUCAGUUAACAAUCUUAAGAGGAGUAUUCUUCUCAUAUGUCGAAGACAAUUUAUUGUUGUAUGGCGAAAUGCUUAAAGAAUACAAUAAUAAAUGA